AUGGAAACUGUGGAUCAGCUGAUAAUUCAGGAUCAAAAGGUUUGGAAUACAAAUGUUUUACAUGUGUUGUUUGACACUGAUACUGUAGACAAUAUCACUAAGAUUAGAAUACCUGAGUCAGGAAUAUAUAAAUUGAGGUGGACACCAACUAAAAGUGGUAUUUUUACUGUAAAAUCUGCUUACAGAGUGAUUAAUGAUGCAGAGUAUAGUGCAUCACAAUUAAAAUUUCCCUGGUUAACAUUUUGGAAAGCAAAACUGUCUCCAAAAAUCCUUCAUUUUUUAUGGAAGGGUGUUCACAACUGUUUGCUUGUUAAUGAAAAGUUGUCUAAGCAUGUUCGGGACAUAGAUGAAGUGUGUCCUUUGUGUAAAUCUGAAUAUGUAGACCAUCUUCUUAUCAACCAACCUGUAACCAUAACAGUUUGGUUUGCAUUAGAUAGUAACUUUGUUACCAGAUUCGUGAAUCAGAUUCAAAAGGAAUUAAAUGAGUGGAAUGAGCACCUAAGCAAACAGGCUGCUCAUACUACCCAUCAGACAGUUUCUAGAGUUGAAGUUGGAUGGACACCUCCUAGAACUGGAUUCCAUAAAAUCAAUUUUGAUGCCUAUUUCUUAAAAGUUAAUAAAUCUAUGGGCAUAGGUCUAAUUAUGGUUGAUGAUGCAGGUGUCGUUGGAGGAGCAUGGAGCAAGAAUGGAAUAGCUGAUGAUGAGGUGCAAGCUGAAGCGUUAGCUGCAUAUGAAGUUAUAAAAUAG